AAUUGGGUUAUUCGAGUUCGGGUGUUACAUUUUGGUAUCAGAGCAUUCGAUAAAAAAAAACAAUGGUUUUGGAAAUCAAAUCAAAAGAGUUACAAACACAAGUCCGCAUCUCUCCACAUCUCUGCCGGGGAAGGUAAAAACAAUUAGUUUACUUAUGACUAAUUACAUUUUAAAUUAAUUAUAGAAUGAGUCAGGACUCGACUCACGGUCAGGCAAACCCUCACGCGGAGCCGGAGCACGUUAGUGUGCAUACGGUGCACACUGAAGCAUCCAGUUACGUGCCCCAGCAACAUCAGCCUCAGCCGGAACCUCAGCCAGUUCCGGAGCAGUUCGCGGGUCAGAACCCGAAUAUUGCAGUUCCGAUGUUCCAACCACAAAUGGUUGCGAACAUGUUCCAGUUCUUCCAGCAGAUGGCUGGAGCGCAUGUACCUCCACCACCACCACCUCCUGCACCCAUUGUCUCGAUUGAAAAACUCAAGAGGAAUGGAGCGCAGGAAUUCUGUGGCGACCAGAUAGCGGACCCUCAGAUAGCCAAGCGUUGGCAAGAACGCACGGUGAGGGUACUGGAGAAUUUGAAGGUACCUGUCGAGGAUUGGGGACAACAUGCCAUAUCCCUAUUGCAAGAUGCCGCCUAUGAUUGGUGGAAGCGAGUAGGCGCCAACAUUCCCGUGCCGGUACCAUGGGAUACCUUCGAGCCACUUUUCAGAGCAGAAUAUGUGCCCGAUCGCUACGUCGAGGCCAAAUAUGAGGAAUUCUCAAAUUUCACUCAGGGGAAGCUGACUCUCCCCGAGUACCGUCAGCAAUUUGACGGAUUGGCCGAGUUUGGUAAAGACUUGGUCAACACCAUGGAGAAGCGCUGGAAGAAGUUCAUCAAGGGUAUGAGGCCAGACCUGUCGUCAACACUCAUAAUUGCUCCCCGAGCCGACAUCAACGAUGUCUAUAAGAAAGCUCUUGAGUUGAACGAGGAACUCAUCAGGAAAGCUGCGUAUGAACAGGCACUACUGGCAGAAAGUCAGGCCGUCCAUUCUGGCCCGAAGAUGGGGCAUGGUAGCAAGAGGACCUUCUCCACACCGAGCAACUCUCGCCAUGAUAAGCGAGCGAAAUCAACUCCCUCUACAUCUGUGGCCGUCACUAGUAAGAACGGGCAAGAGAAGAUGACAUACCGUAAUCCAGUAUGUCCCCACUGUAACCGCAGACAUGCUGGUGAGUGUUGGCUUACACAGGGUCUUUGCCUCGGGUGUGGUCAGGCAGGACACUUUCGGGAGGACUGCCCGACGAACCCAGGAAAGGUUUUCUCCACAGCACCAAGCACGCCGGGUGUUUCUACUGUUCGGCGGGCCAUGCCUACCCAGAGUCAUCGUUCUACGACCGCGUCCAACCAACCAAAGAAGCCAGCAACUAGUCAACAGCAGGGACGAGCACCAGCUCGUACGUAUGCCAUGCAAGGGCGUACAGAUCCACAUGCUAAUGAUGUCAUCAUGGAGACAGUCACUCUUGAUGAGAAUCUUUCCUAUGAAGAGGAACCUGUAGAGAUUCUAGCACGAGAAGUUCGAGUAUUGAGGAACAAGACUGUACCCUUAGUUAAGGUGCUUUGGAGGAGUCACUCUAUCGAAGAAGCAACCUGGGAAACUGAGGAGUCUAUGCGAUCUCAAUAUCCACAACUUUUCAGCGACCAGUGAUCAGGAGGAAGAAUUCUCAACUCCAUUGUUGAGCCAAGAAGAAGAAGAAGGAGCAAGGAGAAACAUCAAAGUUUCUAAAAUCCUGAGUGAAAAACGCAGCAGCAACUUCUUCGUAAAUUCUGAAAUUCUCUAUUCAUUUUCUCGAAUUAUUUAUUAUACCAAAAUCGUAGCCCCGGAUGUUACGAAUCCAACCCAACAAACGGUUCGUGAUUCCGUUAAGUAACGAAGGAGAUAUCGCCAAAAUACCGGGACUGCGUCGGUGGUGACGAGUUCCACGGGUUGGCUAUGUUUUCUUCAUCAUAUCCAUAUCUUUCAUUCAAAGUGCUUACCAUAAAACUCAUAUUUUCUUUUCCAAUCAUUCUCUCUUGUUGGAAGAUUCAUUCAAGCAAAGAAAAGAGGAAGAACUUCAACUCCAUUGGUGAAACAAGAAGAAGAAAUCAUCAUAAGUU